AUUACAGAAAGAUGAGGAUAUUUACUGCCAUUACGUUGAUGACCUACUGCCAUUUACUGAACGCGUUUACCGUCAGUGUGUCCAAGGACCUGCACGUGGCCGAGAUUGGCGACAAUGUCACCAUGGAAUGCAUAUUCCCGGUCGAGAAGGAGCUAGACCUGGCUGUGCUCGUGGUCUACUGGGAGAUGGAGGAUAAGAAGAUUAUCCAGCUGGUGCAGGGGCAGGAAGACCCGGAGGUGCAGCACAGCAGUUUCAGAGGGAGGGCCCAGCUGUUGAAGGAGCAGCUCAGGCUGGGGAAGGCCGCCCUGCAGAUCCACGACGUCAAACUUCGGGACGCUGGGGUCUACUGCUGCCUCAUCAGCUAUGGAGGGGCCGACUAUAAGCGGAUUACUCUUAAAGUCAGCGCACCAUACCGCAGAAUCAACCAGUGGAUUUCUCUGGAUCCAGUCACCUUGGAAUACACGCUGACGUGUCAGGCUGCGGGUUACCCCAAGGCUGAGGUCAUCUGGACCAGCAGUGACCACCAAGUCCUGAGCAGCAAGACCACCGUCAGCAAGGGGGAGGAGGAGCUUCUCAAUGUGACCAGCACGCUAAGGGUCAACGCCACGGCCGGCGAGGUCUUCCACUGCACGUUCCGGAGGCCAGGUCUCCAGGAGAACAGCACAGCAAAGUUGGUCAUCCCAGGUAACAUUCGGAAUGUUGUCUCUGUGAGCAGGCACCUAGCUCCUACCCUGCUCGUGGUAGGCCCUCCAGGUUUGCAGAAGGAAUAA